AUGGAUUACUCUGCUCUUCUGCAACCCACACCCAUGCUGUUAUUCUUUGUGCUUCCCCUGUUAUUUAUACUUAGUUUGUUAGUAAGGGGACGCACGAAAAUACCGUACCCACCGGGACCAAAGGGGCUUCCCAUCGUUGGGAACAUGAACAUGUUGGAUCAACUCAAUCACCGUGGAUUUGCCAAACUCGCAGAGCAAUACGGUGGUAUCUUACAUCUCCGUCUGGGUGUCCUCCAUGUGGUGGUGGUGUCCACCCCUGAGAUGGCUCGCCAAGUCCUCCAAGCCCAAGACAUCAACUUCUCCAAUCGCCCAAUCAACAUUGCCAUUAAGUAUCUCACUUACGACCAAGCUGACAUGGCUUUCGCCCAUUACGGUUCCUUCUGGCGUCAGAUGCGUAAGGUGUGCGUGAUGAGGCUCUUCAGUCGCAAAAGGGCUGAGUCUUGGGCGUCUGUCCGAGACGAGGUGGAUUCGAUGAUCAACACUGUGGCGUCCAAUUCCGGGGGACCCGUCAACGUGGGAAAAAUUGUCUUCUCUCUCGCAAUGAACAUUACCUACAGGGCCGCCUUCGGGUCGGAUGUCUUGGAGGGUCAGGAGAAGUUCGUGUCUAUAAUGCAGGAUUUCUCGGAGCUAUUUGGGGUUUUCAACUUGGCGGAUUUCAUACCUUGGCUCGGCUGGGCUGACCCCAAGAGAUGCCAGAUCCACCAGACACUCGUCAAGGCCCGUAACUCGUUGGAUGUGUUCAUCGACAAGAUCAUCGACGAACACAUUGCCAAGAGGAAGAGCAGCGAUCGAUCCGACGUUUUGGACGAAGACGCUGAAACAGAUAUGGUGGAUGAUCUACUCGCUUUCUACAGCGAAGAAAAACCUGAGAAGAGCGCCGAAUCGGCUGACGGUCAAGGUUCCCUCACCCUCACUCGAGAUAACAUCAAGGGCAUCAUCAUGGACGUGAUGUUCGGGGGAACAGAAACAAUUGCGUCACUGAUAGAAUGGACGAUGACGGAGCUCCUAAAGGCUCCUGAACAUAUGAAGAGGGUGCAACAAGAACUGAAGGACGUGAUAGGGCUGGACAGGAUGUUUCAAGAGACGGACUUAGAGAAGCUCGAGUACCUCAGAUGCGCAAUCAAAGAGACGCUCCGCCUCCACCCGCCACUACCAAUCCUACUUCACGCCGCCGCAGAAGAUGCAGAGGUAGCAGGCUACACCAUCCCAAAGGGUUCACGCGUGCUUGUCAAUGUUUGGCAAAUUGGAAGGGACAAGGACUCAUGGGACGAGCCUGAGACUUAUAAUCCGGCUCGAUUCCUCAGGGAUGAUGCCCCAAAUUUCAAGGGAAGCAACUUCGAGUACUUGCCAUUCAGUUCAGGUCGAAGAUCUUGCCCAGGAAUGCAGUUGGGGAUGUACGCCUUAGAAUUGGGUACGGCCCACCUCCUCCACAUCUUCAAUUGGGAAUUGCCCGACGGCAUGAAACCCAGCGACAUCGACAUGAGUGACUCCGUUGGAAUUACCACUCCCAAAGCAGUUAAUCUCGUAGCUGUACCCACUACUCGCCUCACUUGCCCUAUCUUCUGA